AUGGUGGCAGCUGUGAAGAACCCCAAAACCACAAUACAAUACUACAAUAUACAUAGCUUUAAAGAAGUUUGCAAGUCUGACUGGAAAAGUGAUGUCAAAAUUGCAGAACUUGGUCUAUCAGCUGCCAAACUCCUAACAGAGAGGGGCCUGAAAGUGGUGGUUUUGGAGGCUAGAGAUCGUGUUGGUGGAAGAACAUACACUAUUCAAGGUCCAGAGUUCCAGUACGUUGACUUAGGAGGAGCAUACGUUGGACCCACUCAAAAUCGUAUUUUGCGAUUAGCAAAGGAGCUGGGAAUAAAUACAUACCAAGUAAAUGAAAAAGAACAACUGAUUCAUUUUGUGAAGGGAAGGUCUUACCCGUUUAAUGGGCCAUUUCCUCCUGUGUGGAACCCUAUUGCUUACUUGGAUUACAACAACCUCUGGAGAACUUUGGAUGAAAUGGGAAAGAAGAUUCCUGCAGAUGCACCAUGGAGUGCUGAACUUGCAAUGGAGUGGGAUAACAUGACCAUGAAAGAGUUAAUUGACAAACUUUGCUGGACAAGGGUGGCGAGAGACUUUGCAACACUCUUUGUCAACGUCAAUGUCACUUCCGAGCCUUAUGAAGUCUCUGCUCUUUGGUUUCUGUGGUAUGUGAGACAGUGUGGAGGGACAAAGAGGAUAUUUUCUACCACCAAUGGAGGCCAGGAAAGGAAAUUUAUUGGUGGUUCGGGGCAAAUUAGUGAGCGUCUGGCUGAGAGAAUGAAGGAUAAUGUGAAGCUGAACAGGCCAGUGGUGAGAGUGGAACAAAUUGAGGGGACCAUCCGUGUGGAGACAUUGCAAGGAGAGGAAUAUGAGGCUGAUUAUGUCAUCAGUGCUAUCCCACCUGCCCUAACUCAGCAAGUUCACUACAGCCCUCCACUGCCUCCAUUGCGAAACCAGUUGAUCCAGCGCGUGCCAAUGGGAUCCAUCAUUAAGUGUAUGGUUUACUACAGCCGAGCUUUCUGGAGGGAGAAAGGUUAUUGUGGUACGAUGAUGAUUGAAGAUGAGGAAUCACCUAUUUCCCUGACAUUGGAUGACACCAAGCCCGAUGGUUCCCACCCUGCAAUUAUGGGGUUUAUAUUGGCAAGGAAAGCGCGACUCUUACUUAGUCUCACCAAAGCAGAGAGGAAGCAAAGAAUUUGCCAGAUUUAUGCACGAGUCCUGGAGACAGAAGAAGCCCUGUAUGCUGUUCAUUAUGAAGAGAAAGACUGGUGUGAGGAACAGUACUCGGGUGGCUGCUAUACUGCAUACUUCCCACCUGGGAUGUUUAUUCAGUUUGGCAGAGUUCUGCGAGAGCCCUUUGGGAGAAUGUAUUUUGCUGGGACCGAGACAGCCACCAAGUGGAGUGGUUAUAUGGAUGGAGCAGUACAGGCUGGGGAACGUGCUGCUAGAGAGGUAAUGUGUGCCAUAGGAAUUAUUCCGGAGACGGCAAUCUGGACCCUCGAGCCCGAGGUUCAGGAAGUUCCAGGUCGACCAAUUAUCACAACAUUCUGGGAGCGACACCUACCCUCUGUGCCAGUAUUCUUGAUGGUGCUCAGCUUUUCCACUUGUCUGGCAGUUGCUGGUGUCAUCAUGUCCAGGAAAAUUUGUCUGCACAGGGCUUGAGGAGUAACUUUGUGGCUGUGCAGUGGAUGGAAACUUCUUGUUGCAAAGAUCACCUGUUAGAAUUCAUCAAUGGUGCCAUUUUGGAGCUGAGGUCAGAAUUUGAACCAGGGCAGCUGAGAGCAGGGUCAUUUGGGAGUACAUUAGACAGAUCACAGCCAAUCUUGUGGAGCCAUCAGUUCUUUUAUUAGCUGAGGGUUAGGGGAGGGUUGGAAUUUAUCACAUUAUAUGAAUUUCUCAUGCAUUUCUCAGGCAUUCAAGAACAUUGAAACUCAUAGAGUUUACUGAAUCCCUUAAUUUGUUUUCUUCUCAACAUAGUCCCAAAGGUCUCAACUGUGAUGAAUCGCUGUAAAGAUAAGAAAAAAUAUCAGGCAGUGAGAUUCAGGAGCUACUUUACUGAGACUGAACAACUUGUAAGUCAACUCCCUGCAAUGACAUCCAUCACUGGCAAAAAGUAAAGGACAAUAAUUCUCCCAACCCUUGAGUCAGUGGCUUGAAUAAUGCAGCUUCAGGCUUACUUCUUUCUUCAAACCACAGUCUAUAUAUAAGGUAGUAUAUUAUGGGAUCAUGAAAUUCUCUUUUACAAAUUCACUACAUGAUUCUAAACCACUGAAUGCCACCAUCCUAGUAAACGCACCAUCUAAAUUGGCCAAUUAGAUUUAGUGAGUAAUCUGUGUAUUGGACAGUUUGGGUCUCAGCAUCCCUGCUUUAGUGGGGGGACAAUCAGUCAGGAUUUACACUGUCCAGUAACCCUAUCUCUGCUGGAAAAUGCAUAUAUCUGGACAUCAGGUCAGAGCAAAGUCAAAUAAAAGCAAAAUACUGAGGAUGUUGGAAAUC